CGACAGCGACGUCGACAGCAGCAGCACAAAUGGACUAUAAGAGCCCGACGGAGCAGAGCGCGCGCAGGCGCCGCAGUCAUGGACUGGUCCAUGCACAGCAACAGCAACAGCAACAGCAGCCGCAGCCGCAGCAGCAGCCGCAUCAGCAGACCCGCAAAGGAACGGCACAUCAGGAACGUGCUGCCGGCAGCCAGUUGACCAGCCGCAGCAAGGCUGCUGCCAAGCAAAACACAAUGCCUAGCAAGUCCUGGACUAAUCCCAUGAGCGUGGCUGUUGUGCCGCCGAGUCGCCACAGCAAUAGCAACAGCAGCAGCAAGGCCAGCGGCAGGGGCAAGAAGCACACUCGCUGCACGUCCGCGAGGGAGUUGCAGCGGGAUGUGCAGCGGCCGCCAUUGACGCCGCCGCCAGCGACGGCGCGUGUGGCCUUUGGGCGCAGUUGUCCCGGCGCGCUGUCCACGCUGGCCAUGGAACAAAUGCCUGUGACUUCACUGCUGCGCCGCAGCGGCGGUGGCGGCGGUGGCGGCGGUGGCGGCGUUGUCGGUGGCGUCGGUACCAGCAGCAGCAGCAGCAACCAAAAAUUCAGACAGGACACGCCCAGGCCGAAGGCAUUGCAAAUGGCUCACGAUCAGCUGGAGCUGCAGCUGACACGCAUCGAGAUGGAAGCAACGACGCCACCGCCACGACGACGCAAGCCGCCGCCGGCGAAGACAGUUCGCCGCCAAAUGGAGCACCCGCCGCCGGUGCCGACCGUGACACCGCUGAGCAGUGCUCGCGGCCACAACUCCGGCCGAGCGCGAGCCGGCGAGCAGCCGGAUGCAGCUGCGAGCGCGGAGCGCGUGGUGCCGCUAACCCAGAAUCCCCAUCUGCUGCCGCCCGAGCAGCGCCUGGCGCUGCUCGACCUGUUAUCACACGGCGACUCCCACGAGCCAGAGAUAGUCAAUCCGUCCACAGACGCCAUGCGUCUCACUCUCCAGAUGCUGCCGCUGGCUUUGACGCCGGGGAACUCGCCGUAUAUCGAGCGCUUUUGGGAGGGUCAUCGCUAUCUGAAGGAGCGCCAGCGACUGCACCAGCAGCUGCAACCGGACGACUUGCGCUACAAGGAGGUCAAGAUACUGCGCUCGCCCAAUGGCCAGCUAUUUCUGUCCAAGACGCUUGAGGAUGAGCUCAAGGAUGAGAAGCAUGUGCUCGACUACAUUGAAUCGGAGCUGCAACGCGAACAGCCUCCCGCAGUGCUGCCCGAGCACACCGCACGUCAUCGCCAGGCGCUGGAUGAACGGGCCGAGCUCGACCGGCAGAAGCAGCAGGUGAGCGAGUGGCGUGCCGAGCAGCGAUUCGCCGAGCAAAAGCAGGAGGAGCAGCAGGUGACCAAGCGCAUGCUUAAGAAGGCCAAGCUCAUCAAACGCCAGAAGCAAGAGCAAGCCAUAUGGAGAGGCAACCGGGAGCAGCAGCAGCCGCAGCAGCAGCCGCAGCGUAAACCGCGGCUGUUGGAGCAGCAAUUGGACCCCAACGUGGAUCUGGAGCUGGACCUGGGCGUGGUCCUGCAGCUGCCUCAAAAAAGCGAACAGAAACCCAAAGUCGUUAUCAAACAGACGGAUGACAGCACAGCCAAGAUCUUGAAUGUCAAUCAGAAAUUGGAAGUGCAGCCUGGCAACAAUAAUGUGAAGCGGGUCAACGAUGGGGAAGACGCACCCAUUCAGGAACUGGAUGACGAUUUAGUCGAUACACGGGAGCAGCGGCGGCAGUUCCAGAAUCUAUGCCAGAGCAGCCAUCUCUACGGCAAUGCCAAUUGCCUCACACCCUGGACGUUGUUCUCCAACAUUACCAACAAUCUGGUUGACCAAAUGACUCGGAAUCUUGACGACGACCUGCAUCGCAGCAUCGCCAGCUUCAUCAAGGACCUUGUGGACAACGAGACCAAUUGAGUCUGAGGCUUCUACUGGCUUGGCGUGCCCAUGGAUCAGUUAGCAUUAGUUCGUAUACGGGCAGCCAACAAAUUGUACGUGCUCCAUAUGAAAAUUCGCUAUGUAUAUAGAUAUAUAACCAUUUAAGUUUGAGCCUUAAUUCAAAAAAGAAGAUUCAAAAACAAUAAUCCAAAUUAUCCAAAGCUUUUGAUGAACUGCAAGCAGCAGUAAGCUGACAACAGACGCUUUCUUCUAAGUAGCACUGGAAAGUCCUGACCACCGAGCCAAUCUG